CUCAAAGACGAGUGGGUGGGAAAAUGAAACAACAUAACCUUUGUUGUUUAGUUGAGUAAAAUUUAUGGCUGUUUUAUUGUAAAAUUAGUUAGUCUGGUGAUUGUUUAUUUUCGUCAGUAUCAUAUUUUAUUCAAGUUUAAAGUUCUCUUGUACUUAAAGAGUGCUUCAUAUUAAAAUUGAUAGCAUGGCUUUAUCCCCAAAAGAACUGAAUUCUUUGUUGGGGAUUCUCAGUGAAGAAAAUGUGGAAGUUCAGACUCUGGAAGUCCUCUGCUCCCAGCUGCAUCAGAGCUUUUCUAAACAAGAUAACUACAAAGUGGGUUGUGCUCUGGUGCUGUUACUCCAGAACGGGGAUUUGUUGCCCCGGCCCUGGCAACGUUUAGUGGCUAUUACAUUUCUGCAUGACAUGUACAGAGGGGAACCCCUGGCCAACAACCCCUUUGCUCCAGUCUUUCUCCAUCUUCUGCAACUGGGUGACAACACUGUGAAGGCUCCACCUCGCAAGAUGGAGUUUUCACAAUUGCCUCGCCUCUCUACUGCAGAAAAGAACUUUGUGUCCCAAAUCAUCACUAACUCCUCUAAGGAUCUGCUGAAGAAGACGGCUAAACAGGCCCUGGUACAGGAGGGCCACAUGAUGGACGUGUCAGCGUUGCAGGUGGCGUUGGCGGAUAAGCUGAGCGAACUGCCAGCCACCGGCCGUUCCGCCCUUUCUGUAGUUCUUCCGGACAGUGACCUGAGAUCCAGUCUACCAGUGGACCCUGCAGCCGCUCAUAAGACUGUAGAAGCUCUGUUGAGCGGGACAAUGCCAGUGUCUGCCCAGAACUUCCGACCUGAGAUGUUGCGUUUGGUACCUCCUCUACACAACUGCGAGGAUGAGCUGGCGUGGUUAAACAUGGUGUGCCCCGGAGAACACCAAGUUGCUAUGGAUGUCACAGCCUGUGUGUGGAACUGUGCUGGGGUCGAAGCCAAGAAAUUGAUGGUGAAGGCGUUCAAGAGUGCCCUGACUCUGCAGCAACAACAACACUUGCUUGCAGAACUGGACAAUGAUCCAAAACUGGUCUACCAUAUCGGCUUGACACCCAACAAGUUGCCAGACCUGGUUGAGAACAAUCCGUUGAUAGCUAUCGAAGUGCUGCUAAAGCUGAUGCAGUCAACCCACAUUACAGAGUACUUCAGUGUCUUGGUCAACAUGGAGAUGAGUUUGCACUCUAUGGAAGUCGUCAAUAGGCUGACCACAACUGUUGACCUCCCCACAGAGUUCGUACAUCUGUACAUCUCUAACUGCAUCUCCACUUGUGAGACCAUCAAAGACCGGUACAUGCAGAAUCGUCUGGUUAGACUCGUCUGUGUCUUCCUGCAGAGCCUCAUCCGCAACAAGAUCAUCAAUGUUCAGGAGCUGUUCAUCGAAGUGCAGGCGUUCUGUAUAGAAUUCAGUCGGAUUCGAGAAGCAGCAGCUCUGUUCCGCUUACUCAAGCAGCUGGAGGCGGGGGGUGAGGCGGCAGGAGCAGCUCUCACCAGCGUCUCCGCCCCUGCCAAACCCAAGCUGGGGGAACCAUAACCCACCACAGCUUUGUGUGAUUUUCGUCAUUGUUUGGAUGUUCUCGUUAAGUUUUGCCUUGCAAUAUUAAGUUAGUUUUUAUUAUUCAUAAGACUGCCAUAUUAUGUAUUGUUUUGUUGGCGACCUUGAAUGCAUUUCAACUUUAAUGAAGUUUUAAGUGAAUAUAAAUUACAAUCAAUAUCGAUAAGAGUGUUUUUGUAUUUAGUAUCUGCGAUUUCAUUGGCCUUAAACGGUAUAUUGUUUUAAAAGAUUUGAAGGUUAUGUAUGUAUAAACAAACUUAAUAUUUAUGAAAUAUGUAGCAGCAAAACAGGUAAAAUAAUAGAGUUUUUCAUGUUUUGGUUUCGAGUUCUUCUCUGCUUGAGCUCUACUUCAUAUGGACUUUUGAUUUAGUGUUUUUCUGAAUUUUACUAUUUACAAUUUACUGUAGUAAUUUUACCAUGGUCACUUUAUAUUAAAUAAGCCAAGGUCAAAUUGCAACAGGUAAACAAUACAACUAAAACAACUUAUUAUUUCAUUUAUUUUAAGGGAAUUGAGGAAUAUUUAAAGUUGAUAAAAUAUUGAUUUGAUAAAAGUAGAGAUCAUAGGAUUAUGGGGAUUUCCUAUCCAUUCUGAACACUAAAGCAAAAGAGACAAAAACUUGUUAAAAAAGAUUUUGCUGUCUACUCUGCUAGAUUUUAAUAAAGCCUAAUUGAAUCCAUUAAUACAACUCAUUUAAUACUAAAGAAUACUACGUCAACACUAAGAAGUUGUGUCAGAUAUGAUACAGUGACAAUAUCCGGAGAUAGUUCACAUUAACCAGUGUUGUAGUGUGGUACAACAUGAAAGUGACAUAACUCAAAGACACAAGCAAACAUAAUACGGGACAUAAAUCAAAAGUAUAAAUUAAGAAGUGACUAUCUAUGACAAAACACCCAACAGAUAUCACAGAAUAUUAAUUUUACUAUGUUUUAAUUCUUUUUGGGAAAUGAUUUGUACAAAUAAAAUAUGAGUGAUAAGUUUGAUGGUUCUAUGUUUUAAAUCAAACUUGAAGGGGACAUAAUAUUUGUCAUUAAUUUUUGUCUGGUUUCUACUGAAUGUCACUAUUUUUAAAAGUACCAUUCUUCUAAUAAAUGUAUUGUAUAGCAAAAAUGGAUCAGAAUGUAAAACCAACAAUUUAUCUUGAAAAUAGAGUAAUUAUGAAUAACAAAAUUUUAUUUUUAUAUCAGCAUAAAUGGAUAGACAGGUGAAAAUUGUACACCAAUCUAUUUAGAGUGGUUUAAAUAUUCUAGGCAAUUAAUGGUCUAAGCAAUUAUUUAAUAAGUUUAAUUAUAUAAAAAAUAAGGUAAUGAAGAGGUUGAUGACAGAUUUUUUCAUUCAAUUAAUUAAUGUUCAAAUUGAUUUAAAUUAAUAAUCAAAUGUGGAAAAAUUGCAUGAGUAUAUUAUGUGAUCCAAUAAGAUGGCUCAGUCCAAACUUAAAGGUAAAAUUAUGUAUUCCUAGAACUAAUAUUAAUAUUGAUCAGUAUUAUUUGUCUUAAAUGUGCUUAAUAGAUAAAUAGCCAAAUUCUUUAUUACAUAAACUUCAAGUACAGUAUAUCUGCACAGAUGUCAAGACUGCAAUUGAUUUCUUCCAUCAGCUAUUUGUUGCAUAUGUGAAGAUGCCAUUCACUGUGAUGUUGUGGUUAAGGUGUAUUGUGUUGUCAGCAUACAUUAAGCAAUAAGUAUUAAUAUUGAAAUGUUGAAGUAGUCUGAAAAGUUGUUAAUGAAAAGUGCAAAACCUUCAGGUACAAAUACUUUUAAAUAUACCACUAAUGCAUAUUGUUCCAAUAUUUAAUUAUAUUCGUUAUUUAUAAAUGUACUAGGUAAAGUCAUAAAAUACAGAAAUUAAGGUGAGUAUGUAUAAAGCUAGAUCUAAUAAACUUGCAUAACAUAGUUUUAGAACGGUUUUACUUAGUGUAGAAGAAAAUGGAAGUGCAUGAUCUCAAUAUUGUAUAACAAAUUAAAUGAAUCUUAACUCAUUAGAAGUUGAAAUGCAUUCAUGUAACUUAUCUUAAAUAAAUUAAUGAUUCCUAUUAGUUUUCUAAUUUAAAUUUUGAAUUUUGUUUGUAGGGCGGGACAAGACCAGAUUAUUUUCAGAAUCAACAUUUCUGUCACCAAAUGCACAGUAAUAUGAAUAAUAUACAAUGAACUAUCCUUCAUUUACAUAAUUAUUAUUGUAGUUUGACACUUUAAAUAAUUGUGAAUGUAAAUAUACAAACUUAAAAUUUUAAAUAGUUUAUUUUUAUAGAUGUUAUGGUAAAAUGGUACUGAAGUGUUAAAAAAAUUAAACUUAAAAUGUAGGCUUUACUUUGCAUAAAUCCAAAGGCACAUUAGAUUCCUUAAUACAAAAGCUCUCUGUAAUGUAAUCUCUGAGCCCAAGGUUAAAAAGGAAACACUAUUAAUAUGAAGAUGCAGCAAAAAAUUAUAGACAUAUGAUAUUAUGACAAUAUCGGAUUCAGCUAUCCUCCAUAUCAUAAAAUAUGAUUAUUGAACAUUAUACAUUUUGUGUAAAGUAAUUUUAAGUCUAUUGGGUUUGUUUUUUGAAUUCGUACUGCAAUUCACUUGCCAUUAUUCUUAGAUGAAUGGGUAGAAUGGGUUACAUUUACAUACAGCAAUUAUCAACUUAAUGUAUUUUUAUACAUUCUACAGAUUCAGUCUUAUGUGGUCAAAUUUAAGAUAAGCUGACUGAACAUUUUAGACCAAUUAUUUAAAAUAUUCAAUGUUUAAUUCAAUGUAACCAUUCCAUGCAUCUGGAUGAAACAGAUCUGAUUUGAAUUUGGAUAACACAAAACUGCUCUUCUUGAUCUUACCAACAAUCUUUUUUCACUUGAUAAGGGAAAUUCCAGACUUUAUAUUACAUAUAUUAUCUUUUGUUUAUAUCAUGCAAAGACUAUAAAACGUAGUGCAAGUUUUAGUUAUGUAAGAUUGGAAACAAACAUUUGAUACAUUUUCUUCAGAAUUUAUAUAAAUUUGUUACAAAACUAAAGUAAUUUUUAAUGGCUUCUGAAUUAGUGACAUUUUUUACUGGAAAGAACAAUGGGAAGUAGGGAUAAAGUUAUAUAUUUACAAGGUCAUAGGAUUGUGGUGGCAGUGGUUGAAUAUCACAAGUAUUCUCAAUAAAUCAAUCAAAUAUUCCCUAUUCACACAAAUAUUAACAGUAGCAGUGUUAUAGUAAAAAUAAAAUUAUAAACAUACUUAUCACAUUAAAAAUGUAUGGAAAUUGUAUAAAUCAUCUACAGGCUUAGAGUUUUAUAUAGGUUCAUGGUAUUCAACAUAUCUAUAAAGUUUUUUCUUCUUCAGCUUCUCUUUCACAGCUCAUACAAUCUAUUAGACACUUAUAAACACAUUAACAUGAAAUUAAAUGAUGCAUUGAGGCAAUGCUGUGGAAGUUACUUUCAUAACCAAAUUAUUCAAUGUAUAUGAGAGUCCUUUAACAUAAAAAAGUGUUUAAAAAAUAUAGUGUAGCCCAAUAUUAUUUCAGAUCCACAAAAUCUUCUUUCCUCCCCUACAUAUUCAUACCUUUGUAUUCUAACUGAAGCAGCUACCAGUACUACUUGCUCUCUCCUCUGAUAUCCAUGACACUGAUCUUUCUCUACCUAAUUGUUCUGGAAGUUAUAAUGAUUAUGUUUUAUUUUUGGUAUACGAUUUUCUUUAUAAUAUUGUCAAAAUGGUCGAAUUAGUUUAAGCGUGUUGUUUCUUUGUUAUAACACCUUACCAACUUCAUUUCACCUAGACAGAAGUUGCAGCAAAUAUAACGACUUUGCUCUAAAUAGUCAAUACGAUUUUACAAUAUCGCUGAAAAACAAUGGAAACCUCAAAUUUGUUGGGAUUAGAACAUUUUAUGUAUAUCUUCUCACUUCAAAAUAAUUAGUAAUGUAGCAAAUAAUUUUUUUAUCACAAUAUCAUCUGUUUAUUCAUGAAAAUGUCUGGGAUUGCCUUGUCCUGUUUUACUACAUAAAAAUUGAGGCUGUAAAAAUAGUAUAAGAAGAAACAUUUACUUUUACUAGUCUUGAUCAAAGCAAUUAGAUCUAAGCUACUACUUUGUUGAUGUGGUAUUUUUUUAACAUAAUGCUUACUGACCAGGCUUUUUAGUGUGUAUUAUAUGCUAAGGAAAUUGUUGUAUAUUAGGCACUCUAAUUGCUGUAAAUAACAGGUUUUGUACGUGUGUAACAAAGAUGGAGUUUUGUACUGUAUAUUUUAGAUUUAUAUAUGUCACAAAUGUUGUACCACAUAUGAUUGUUCAAUAACAUGAUGACUUGGUUAUUUCCUGCUUGAAAUGUAUAGUUUUUGAACAUAAACUCUGCGUUUGUUGAGGUACAUUGUUAAUUUUAUUCAGUUCAAUAUGAGUAGAACCCAACUUACCAAAAUGUGUACAUAAAUUAUAGCGUAUAUUUUUACUAUUCUAUGCAUGGCAGAUGAACGAACGAUAUCUAGUUAUGUAUAUUUUUAAUAAACAUUUUAUUCAUAGCAGGGGUCUUCUUGCCUUACUUUGUUGAUCAAUGAUCCAUCCUUAUUUUUUUAUUUCAAAUAAUAAGUGUAGGCUGUUUUAAAAGACUGUUCUGUAUUUUUAACCCUAGGACUGACAAUGAUGUCACUCUGUACUGACAGCAUCAUUUUAACAGACACAUAAGCAAUUAUAAUCAUAAUUAGUACAAAAUUAAUUAAUAAUGUGCAUGGUGUGUAUAUAAAUUUUAUUGCAGUGGAUUUGGAGAACGUUUAAUAAUUAAAUCUUUCCUAUCAAAGUAAUUUUUGUAGAAACAGUAAAAAUACAAAAUUUUGUAAUUAUUAUGUUGUGAAACUGUUUUAACAGUAUUAUGUUCGACACCAAAGCUGGAAAUGUAAAACUUAUUCUAGGUUUUGUGCUAAUUCCACAAAUAUGUAGUAAUAACAUUAUCUCCAAAAUAAUUUCCUAUAUGGCCUUGUAUACAAAAAUUGUACAUUUACAUAUCUAUUACCUAUGUAGGCCUCCUAAGAAAUAUAAUAUUUUAUGAGUAACAUAAUUUAACUGCCAUAUAAAUAUUUAUGUAAGUAUAACAAUGUAAAAUCUAAUUUGAAAUCUAUAUACAACAUGUUGUGCUUUACUCUGAGUCACUGGUUUCCAGCCUUUGUGUUCAUCCAUAACAAAUGACAAAAUACCCACCAAACCUAGCUAAAACACAGUAAUAACAACACUAAAACACUAUAAAAUGCAUGAUUCCACAAGAACCAGCAGAUUCCUAAUUAUUAUAAACAUUAAGAAACAAUACAUUGCCAUGUUAUUAUUCACAAGAUGUCAGCUGUCCAUACAAUUUUUUUCAUUGAAAGAAAGAUAAAGAUAAUCUAAAUAUUAACAGUAAAUUGGUAAUAUAGUGCUUUUAGAGAAUAUGUUCAAGAAAAGUUACAAAUUCCUAAACUUUUAAUAACUAUACAUAUUUUUUGUGUGACAAACAUUUGAUUCAUGAGCUCUAGGGUUAAUUGAUUAUAAGGAUUAGAAAACCAAAACAGUUAUGAUCUCCAGGACGUUAACAAUUUUUUAUUUAUUUAUUUAAUAGUAUUGUAUCUAAUAUUUAAUUACAUAUUUUCUCGUAAACAUUUGGAUAAUAAGAGUGUAUAACAAGAGUUAUUCAAGGUUGAAAUUAAAUGAGGCAUUGAUCGAAAGUAUUUGUUAAUCUAAAGGUAAGCUAAUUAUAACUUUUGACACAACUAUAAGUAUUACACUAUUCAUAUCACAUAUAACUUAACUAUUCUGUUUAGGGAUGGGUUGAUUCCGAUACCCGAUACCUCGUUUCAUAGUGAUAUCAAGGAUUCUGGAUAUCAUUGCUCUAACCCCAAGAAUCCUUGAUGCCGAUACAAUACUUUCUAAGUUUUUUAAAAUAAAAUAAUAAAAUCAACAGAACAUCAGAAGUGCUUAAAAUGCGCUUUGAAAGAGACAAUUUCACAAUGUCAUUACUAUUGAUUGAUUGAUUGAAGUUGGCCAUUUAAGUUAAGUCGCUGGGGUAUCAGCUGAUGGGUAGGUGCAAAUUACCGACCACUAAAAUGUGUUUAUUGUUGUAAACAAAAUAAUUUAGUGUGUUAAUUUCUUAGUUGUUAUUUAAACAGUAAUUUGUAUCACAUUCAAAAUUGAGAUCAAAUUUUUGUAUUUUUAUCAAAAUUUGGCAUCAGCUCAUUCGUAUUAAAAAUUGUGAUACACUUUUUUAAUGUAUAACACAUGAAUUGGAAUAGAAUUUUUGUGGAAUUGGCUCAUCAAUAAUUUUUUUUCACUUAACCCCUGAAUGGUUCGUUAAAAAUACCUAAAAUUAUACUAUUUUGACAUUUUGUUGUUUUUUAGAGAUGGUUUUUUCUAGUUAGUUUAGAUAUUAAUUACAGAUAAGAUCAUAUUUUAUUUCUGUAUAUUGUUUUGUAUCAAAAGUCAUUUUCUAUGGAAAUUCCUAAAUAUGAACCUUCCAAAAGGAUAGCUAAGAAGAGUAAUAACAAAAUUUAAAUAGGUGAACAUUUUAUUGCUGUAGGAAUGAGGUCAUGUAUGAUAUAUUUCAAUAGAUUGAAAAACGUAUUUUUGGCUAUUUUAAGUUAAAAAAUACGCAAAAGUGAGAAACUUCAAAGGUUGGAUUAGUAUAAUUUUUUAUUUACUAAAGUGGUAAUAAAAUACACAAAAAAAUCAGAAUUGUACUAUAAACAAAAGAUUCUAUUAGGCAAUAGUUACAUUACACCCCAAAGCAUAAACUAUAAUUUUUUUAAUAAAAGCUUUAAAAAUGUAUGUUUUGUAAUGUAAAAAUGUAUUAGAAAUUAGUAUACAUUGUAUAAUGUUAGCACAAGUUAUUUUGAAGAAUUUAAUAUAAGCUUUGUUGAAAUAGAGCCGCACAUAAAAGAUAGGCUACAUAAAAUAAUGUACAACCACAGUAUUGUACGGUGAGGCUCCAGAAUCAUGCCGAUAAGGGCAAGACUAACAGUAGAGUUCUACUUUGCCAUACAGAGAUUGAGGUAACUUCACUUUUCGCUGUGCAGUACUGGAAACCCAUAGCGCAAAAGUAUUUCACGUGGGUUCUACUGAUGAAUCUCUCUCUUUCAUGUUAAUAUUGUGUGUUUGUCAUUUAUUUCUGGCUGCAAAUAACUGAGUAAAACACAUUUUUAUUAACAGUAUCCGGGUACUGUUAAACAUUAAAGAUUGUAAGGAUUUACAUAAACUUUUCGACUCAACAGGAUCGUUAAAUGAAUUGGAAAUUUUAAUAGAGAAAAUUUUGUUUUUAAAUUUCUGAUUACCUGUCAAGCCUUUUUCCGACACAUUGUUAUGAUUGGUUAAAAUUGACGUAUUUGAACUUUACAUCAUCUUCGUCAACAUCGGAUAACACGUUUGGCAUUUCCUGAAUCGAUAAGUACCAGAGAUGUAAAAUGUAUAUUAAAUUGUAUAGCUUCGAAUCUCCUGAUAUUAUUGAUACCAUUAUCAAUCUAUUAUUUUAGAGAUAAAUAUAAGUUUUUAGCUUAAAUUGUUAAUGAUGUCUUGGGUAGCAUUAAACUACAAUAAAGCAUUUGAUUUCUAUCAUUAUCUGAGAUACUAUUGCCAUAUUACUAAGGUUAAUUAUGAAAUCACACUCUGUUAUAUUUGUUGGUUAGUAAUUCAUUUGUUUAUUUUUUAACUUUGUUUUUAAUUAUGAUUUAGAUGUGUCCUGUUUCGCUAUAGAAUAAAACAAGUAAUUUUAUAGUCAAGGCAAAACUAAAGUGCUUGGUUUAUUUAAGCUGAUUGACAUAUAUUUUAGUUUUUUAAUCCUAUUUUUUCUUUCUUUAUAAUGAUUGUCAGUGCAUUUUUUGUAUUCUGAGUUAACAUGUAUGUGGCAAUUUUCAGUUAGAUAUUAUCUAACAUGUAUGUUAUGUGUAUUCAACUUAACAUUGUUACACUUUUGCAUGAUAAAUUUUCUGUAAUUAAACAGUUAGCAACAUUGGAGUAAAAUGUAUUCACAACUUGUUAACCAAAUUUAUAACAAUAAAUUUGCAGGUUUUUUAUUACAUUCUUCCAUACGAAACAUGGCAUUGAUCUUUUGUCCACAUAAUUUAUGCACAAUGUUUCAUUUACAUCUGAGUAAAUGCAAAUUUGUAAUAAAACUUGGAACUUCA